CUGAGAAAUCUUUUCUCUCUUUAGAGUAAAAAAUUUCCAUGAUCCGUUGUUCAUCACCAGAUCUGAUUUCUUAUUUCUGUUGUUAUGUUCCAUUGUUCAUCCAUUAACUGUAACUGGGUUCCUUUUAAUUUGCUUUGGGGGGUGCUGCUAUUUGUGUUUUCUGUAUCAGUUCCUUCAGACAUUUGACGGGUCAUUUAGUUUCUUAGGUAUGGAUGUCAAUCUGUUGAAGCUCGAAAGCUUCGUUCUGAGAUCAUACCAUAGUGUGGAAGGAGCUGAAUUAGUUGAAUAAUGAUAGGUUUUGUGGGUUUGGAGGGGUUGAAAGGUUAUUGCUACUACUAUUAUUCAGAUAAGGGAAUUUAUGGAGGAGAUGUCUCCAGCGGUUGCAGUGCCAUUUAGAUUAGGUAAUUCAAUUUGUGAUAGCUCGGGGAUAGCAACCCACAUGGAAAUCACACGAUUCAAGUUGAUAACGGACUCGGCAAGCUUGUUAUCAGAUUCUGCAACAAAGGUACAUACUGAGUCUAUUUCUGCAACAGGUGAAGGUUGUGUUGGCAAUAGUAUAGAGAGUGACGGUGGUUCUGCAACUAUGUCAGUGCCCAUAGACAAAAAAAAGGAAAGUGAAGUUCCUUUGGUAGAGAUGACUACCGAACAUGAAAGUAGUGAGGAAGAUGAUUCGUUGUCUAUGGGGGGUGACCAGAUACUAGAUAGUUCUUAUUCUCUCUCUCUAGCUAGUGAUUGUAGUAGCAUUGGUGGUGAAGAAUUCUUAGCGUUUGAGACUGCAAGUGAGUUAAGCACACUAGGAUCUAUGGAUGUUGGCCCUGUUCAAAUUAUCAUGAAAGCUAAUGAUUUGGGGGAGCCAAAUGUUGACCAGAAACCUGUUGGUGAUAGUCUUGUUGUGCCAACAGCUCCAGAAGCAGAGGUUGGUGCUGGAUCUGACCCAAAAGCAGGAUCAAUGGUUCUUCAGAUGCCUCAAGAGAGGGGAAUCGGUGGAACAGGAACACGUAGUAUAUUUGAAUUGGAUUACAUACCGCUUUGGGGAUUCACUUCUAUUUGUGGCAGGAGACCAGAGAUGGAAGAUGCUGUUGCUGCUGUACCUCGGUUUAUGAAGAUUCCCAUUUCAAUGCUUGUUGCUGAUCAUGUAUUGGAUGGCAUGAACCAAAGUUUAUGUCACACAACAGCUCAUUUCUUUGGAGUCUAUGAUGGCCAUGGAGGAUUGCAGGUUGCUAACUAUUGUCGUGACCGGAUUCAUACGGCUUUAAUUGAGGAGAUAACAAUGGUGAAAGAAGGCUUAGGUGAUAUCAAUAUUAAGAAUAAUUGGCAAAUGCAGUGGGAAAGAGCUUUCACUAAUUGCUUUCAGGUAGUUGAUGAUGAGGUUGGGGGAAGAGUUUGUAGGGGUAGUAUGCAAGUCCAGGAUGAUUCUUCCGAGGCGAGUACUGAUCCUAUUGCCCCAGAAACUGUUGGUUCUACUGCUGUGGUUGCUGUUAUUUGUUCAUCCCACAUCAUAGUUGCAAAUUGUGGAGAUUCAAGAGCAGUCCUUUGUCGUGGAAAAGAGGCUGUGCCAUUGUCAGUGGAUCAUAAACCAAAUAGAGAAGAUGAAUUUGCAAGAAUCGAAGCAGCUGGUGGCAAAGUCAUACAGUGGAAUGGAUACCGUGUGUUCGGUGUUUUGGCAAUGUCUAGGUCCAUCGGUGAUAGAUAUUUGAAACCAUGGAUCAUUCCGCAACCAGAGGUUAAGUUUGUUCCUCGAGCCAAAGAAGAUGAAUGCCUCAUUCUAGCCAGUGAUGGAUUAUGGGAUGUUAUGACAAAUGAGGAAGUUUGUGAAGUGGCUCGAAAACGUAUCCUUCUUUGGCACAAAAAGAAUGGUGUGACACCUCUUGCAGAAAGGGGUGACGGAGUUGACCCUGCUGCACAAGCCGCAGCAGAAUGCUUGUCAAAGCUUGCCCUCCAGAAAGGAAGCAAGGAUAACAUCACCAUUGUUGUGGUGGACUUGAAAGCUCAGAGGAAAUUCAAGAGCAAAACCUGAUGGUAAGUUCACCCAUAGCAUGUUUUUCAAUUCAGAACUGUAUGAUAAUUACACCUAGUCGAUAUGGUUACUACCAUUAAAUGUAUUCUAUGCCCUUAUGUUUUUUUCACUUGGGCUUAAUGGGUGUACCAGAGUAGCAUUCUGUAUGUACUAUAGCAUUAUGAAAUACCUCAUGGUUAAAGUCUUCGACAUAUACCAUGCCAAGUUCUGGCCAUGUAAAUUUGAAUUGUUGUAGGGUUAGGAGGUGGGAGAAACUUCUCUUUCCCAAAGCUAAGUUAUGCUUGAUUGUAUUUCUUUUUGCCUCCGAGUUAAUGGCUCUGUGAGGUAUUUUACUUCA